GGAGAGCAUGUUUUCCCCAGCGUUGAGACAGCCAAGACCAGGCGAUGAGCCAUUCGCAUUGGUGCACCAGAUAGAGAAAGGAAGAGGAGCACGAAGUCGUCCCGGCGCAGGAUCAUGACAGAAGGACGCUCUGGGCCCGGCAGACUGAGAGAUAUAGACCCAGUCCUGCCCGGUUCCGCCGGACACUGGCAGUCUUUGGCAGUCUUUGCGAGGCAGAUCGCCCGGGAUCAAUCGUGCAUACUUUCAUCGUUGACAGCCAUCCGAAGCGCACUAUGGCUGAUGAGCCCGUGUACAAUGCGAGCAUCCCGGACGGCGGGAAUCCAUUCGAGGUAGACGUCAACGCCCCCUUCGUCGGGUUCGAAUACCACUAUGUCUAUCUGGCCCUGUGCACUUUCGUCGUCUUCGUCAUUAUCCCUGGAAUCGGAUUCCUGUACAGCGGUCUGGCCCGGAGAAAAUCAGCGCUGGCGCUGCUCUUCCAGUCCUUUACGAUCCUCGCCGUGUCAGUAUCCGUCAAGUGAAGAGUCGCUGCACCCAUGGCUGACAUCGUCACAAGCUCCACCUUCCAAUGGAUGUUCUGGGGCUAUUCUCUAGCAUAUUCUCGAACUGCGGGCUCGUACAUUGGAAAUCUCAGGAACUUUGGCCUCAUAGAUGUUGGCGUGGCCCCGUCGCCUGGCUCUCCUUAUAUCCCCGAGAUUUUGUUCUGUCUCUAUCAACUCCUGUUCUGUGCGUGCACGGUCAUGAUUGUCGUCGGAGGAGCCUUUGAACGCGGAAAUAUCAUCCCGUCAUUGAUCUUCAGCUUCUGCUGGGCCACGAUCGUCUACUGCCCUAUUGCCUGCUGGACGUGGAACGCCAACGGGUGGCUCUAUAACCUGCCCGCACUCGACUUUGCCGGAGGCGGUCCGGUCCAUAUUGCGUCGGGAUGCUCUGCACUGGCCUAUGCCAUGAUCCUUGGGAAGCGCAAGCAUGUUGGAGAACCGGCGCAUGGCAAACCUCACAAUACCACAUUGGUCGUUCUAGGAACGGUCUUGAUCUGGUUCGGGUGGUUUGGAUUUAAUGGCGGCUCGACUAUCUUCCUCAGCGUCCGUUCCUUGGUUGUUCUAUUCAACACCAACACGGCCGCCUGCACCGGUGUCCUCGGCUGGGUCCUGGUUGAUAUGAUCAAACAUCGAGGCAAAUUCUCUGUCGUGGGUGCCUGCGAGGGCGCCAUCGCCGGUCUCGUAGGUAUCACGCCUGCUGCCGGUUUCGUCUCCUUCUGGCUGGCCGCGGUCAUUGGUUUCAUCACGGGGAUCGUCUGCUCGGGGUUGCAGAACGUUAACGACUGGCUGCAUGUCGAUGAGGGCAUGGAUGUUUUCAAGCUCCACGGCAUCGGCGGGAUGGUGGGCUCCUUCUUGACCGGUCUCUUUGCGAAUGCGAAAGUGGCUUACCUGGAUGGUGCGACGGAAGCAGCCGGUGCCAUCAGCGACAACGGCAUCCAGGUUGGAUAUCAAUUGGCUGCCAUCUGCGCUGAAGCCGGCUACUCGUUCGUCAUGACAUGCGCUCUCUUGCUCAUUCUGAAGUACAUUCCAGGCAUGAACCUACGAGUUCACGAAGAACACGAGAUGAUCGGCCUGGACCGCGCCCAGUUUUUUGACGAGCAAAUCGGAGACUGGACCAUGUUUGAGAACACUCCCGGUCUCUUGUCUCAGCAGCCCGCGGAGCCAGAGCCAGGGGUAGUCAUCCCGCCGGCCAAGGACGUCAGCAGCAGGGACGGAUCGGACACUGAGAAGUAGUAGACUGUCUUAUAUCACUUUUAGUUGACAAUUUAUAUAACGAUAUCCCGGGGACGCUGUCCAUAUUGUACGGCUGCUAAGUUCGCAGUCUCGUGCAUAAAUAUCCGAUCACAUCUAUUGUCAGGGCAGCGAAAAACCGGCGAAGCUCCAAGCGCCGAGUUGACCUUUUAGCACGUUGUACAAAGUCAGCAAUUAGUCCUAUUAGAAUAAGGACCCUACAUUUACCCCCAUCCUAGUAUAUCGGAUUAGUUCACAUAUUGGCCAUGCGUUUCAUCAUCCUUGCUACUAGCUGAUAUUGAUGGUUCAUUCACAAAAAGAAUUCAAUCUAUGUACUAAGAGCUAAACCAUUUGAAG